UCAUAGUAAUAUUUUAGUUAUUUAAGCGAAUAUUUUGUAGUGGUAUCUUUAGGCAUGUGGUACGUCAUCGUUUUGAGCUUUUUCAAACUAGCGACAUCACCAUCUACACUUCCACUGACACAAAUUCACUGCAACUCUCUACUCCAAAGUAGAGAAGAAGAAAACUUGGUUUCAACUCUCCCCACUUUCUCUCUACACCCACUCAUGACUAACCUUCUACUCCUCCUCCUCCUCGUUUUCGUCGCACGCGCCGCCGCGGACCUCCCGGGCGCGUGGGAGCUCCUCGUCGCCGACGCCGGCAUCGCCUCCAUGCACACGGCGGUUACCCGCUUCAACACCGUCGUCCUACUCGACCGGACCCACAUUGGCCCCUCCCGCAAAUUCCUCCCCGAGAACCGCUGCCUCCCGAACCCGGUCCACCCGCACCGCAAGGACUGCACCGCCCAUUCCGUGGUCCUCGACCUCAAAACCAACGCCCUGCGCCCGCUCACCAUCCUCACCGACACCUGGUGCUCCUCCGGCCAGUUCCUCCCCGACGGCAGCCUCAUCCAGACCGGCGGCGACCUCGACGGUUUCCGCAAAAUCCGGCGCUUCACGCCCUGCGAACCGGGUUCGUUCUGCGAUUGGGAGGAAUUGCAGGAUGCGCAACUGUACCGAGGGCGCUGGUACGCCACCAACCAGAUUCUGCCCGAAGGCUCCGUGAUCAUAAUCGGCGGGAAGGCGGCGAGCAGCGUGGAGUAUUUCCCGCCGAGGAAGGGCGCCGUGGAUUUCUCCUUCCUCAGCCAAGUUGAGGAUAAUCAAAUGGAUAAUCUCUAUCCCUACGUUCACUUGCUCCCCAACGGUGAAUUGUUCAUAUUCGCUAAUAACAAAGCGGUGUCGUAUGAUUACAAUUCCAACAAGGUGACGCGGAAUUACCCGGUUCUCAAGGGCGGGCCCAGGAAUUACCCGUCGGCGGGCUCGUCGGCGAUGCUCGCGUUAUCCGGCGAUUAUUCGUCGGCGACGGUGGUCAUCUGCGGCGGAGCGGAAUACGGGGCGUAUUUGGAGAGGACCAAGGACACUCCGGCGCACGGUAGCUGCGGCCGGAUCGAGGCGACCCGUCCCGGUUCGGCUUGGGAGAUGGAGGAUAUGCCGUUCGGCCGGAUCAUGGGGGAUAUGGUAAUGCUACCGAGCGGUGACGUUCUGAUCAUCAAUGGCGCUCAAGCUGGGACACAGGGUUUCGAGCUGGCAUCCGACCCGUGUUUGUUUCCGGUUCUGUACAGACCGGACCAGCCGGUCGGGCUGUUGAAAAUAACCAUUUGCAUAAGUUUGACAUCUCACAUUAAUGGAGUUUCAAAACCACCCGCAAUUGACGAUCCCAGCUACACGAGAUGGGAGCAACGGGAUAACUGCGUUUUCAAUUGGGUGAUCAACAAUAUCGAAACCGGACUUGUGAAUGAGUUGGAUGUAACUAAUGCCUUCCUACAUGGAGAAUUGGAUGACAAUGCAGAGAUAUAUAUGGAAGUUCCCCCAGGUUAUUCCGAAGAGUUCGAUGCAGGUCAAGUGUGCAGGCUAAAGAAGACACUUUAUGGAUUGAAGCAAUCGCCCAGAGUAUGGUUCGGGAGAUUCUGUUUAGCUAUGGCAAAAAAUGGCUAUAAACAGAGAGACGAUGUUGAAGAGAUAGUAAACCUGAAGAAAAACUUGUUCCUGGAAUUUGAAAUGAAAGACCUUAAAAUCUCAAUUCCAAGGAAGUACUUCAGAGAUCCAAGGUUUGAUUUCCUUGCUGUGGUCGAUUGGAGAGCGGUGGUGGUCGGCUGUGAAACUGGGCUACUCGAGUGUAAACCUGCAGAAACACCGAUUGUGAUAAAUCAUGGAUUAACAAUUGUUGAGGGAGCUGACUUAACAGAUCAAGGAAAAUACCAGCGCCUUGUUGGGAAACUCAUCUAUCUCUCCCAUACACGGCCCGACAUCACAUAUGCAGUUGGAAUAGUAAGUCAGUUUAUGCACAAACCCCAGAAGGAGCAUAUGGAGGCAGCUUUGAGAAUUGUCCGGUAUCUGAAAGGAACCACUGAUUAUGGGAUUUUGCUUGAAAAAAAGGAAGAUUUGGAAGUUGACGGGUUUACAGACGCAGAUUGGGCCAGUAACCCAAAUGAUAGGAAAUCUACCGCCGGAUAUUUUACCUUCGUUGGAGGAAAUUUGGUCACAUGGAGAAGCAAAAAACAGAAAGUAGUGGCCCUAUCAAGUGCAGAGGCAGAAUUCAGAGGAGUAAAAAGUGGGAUAACUGAAAUCCUGUGGCUUCGGAGAUUGCUCACAGAGAUUGGCUUUCCUCCAAGAAGGGGAAGUCGGCUCUUCUGUGACAAUAAAGCUGCGAUUAGUAUAUCUGAAAAUCCCGUACAACACGACAGGACCAAACACGUGGAGAUCGAUCGGCAUUUCAUCAAAGAGAAGCUCGAUAGUGGGAUCAUUGAACUUCCUUUCAUACGAUCGGAUGAACAGUUGGCUGACAUAUUGACUAAGGCUGUAAACACAAAAGUCUUCAGAGAAGUUCUGGACAAGUUAAACGGGCUCCGGUUCAUGACUCUGAAGGCCGGGACGGUGCCGCGGAUGUAUCACUCGACGGCGAAUUUGUUGCCGGACGGGAGGGUUUUGGUCGCCGGGAGUAACCCGCAUUAUUUCUACAAUUUUAAGGCGGAGUUCCCGACGGAAUUGAGGAUCGAGGCGUUCUCGCCGGAGUAUUUGGCGGCGGACAAGGCGAAUAUUCGGCCGAGCUUGGUGGAAUUGCCGGCGAAGGUGGGGUACGGGGAGGUGUUCGAGGCGGCGGUGACGGUGGAGCUGCCGGUUGUGGGGAUAAUGGAGGUGAAUUUGGCGAGCGCACCGUUUGCGACACACUCGUUCUCGCAGGGGCAGAGGCUGGUGAAGCUGUCGGUGGAGACACCGGCGGUGGGAGACGGCGGGAGGUAUAGGAUAAAGUGUAGGGCUCCGCCGAAUGCGAAGGUGGCGCCGCCGGGGUAUUAUAUGGUGUUUGUGAUGAACUUGGGCGUACCAUCUGUGGCUCAGUGGAUCCAAUUGGUAGCUUGCAUUCCAUAAUUUUCUUUUACUUUCUUUGUAUUUUACUAUUUAUUUAUACUGUUAAUUUCACAAACAUAGUCUUAAUAACUGUUAAUUAAAACAAAUUCCUUGUAAUGUUUAUAACAUCUCAAUUCAAUUGUUAGAAGGAAAUAUCUGAUGGAUGAAAUUAAUGGAAAUUGUUGGAAAGUUCAAUA